AUGAGCGUUGAAGAAGGUACCCAUACUCUCCCUGAUGGGACGGAGCUGUACACCAAGACAUGGAAGCCAGAGGGUACACCGAGGGCUGUCUUGGCCUUUGUUCAUGGAUUCAGUGAUCACUGCAAUGCUUACUACGAGUUCUUUCCAAAUCUCGCGUCCUCGGGUAUCGAGGUUCGAGCUUUUGACCAACGAGGAUGGGGUCGCACCUUCAAAACCCCUAAAGACCGCGGCAACAGCGGCGGCACCGCCCUAGUCCUCUCAGACAUCCACUCAUUCCUCCUCAGUCUAACCAGCCAACCCAACGUGCCCCUCUUCCUAAUGGGCCACAGCAUGGGCGGCGGCGAAGUCCUAAACUACGUCCUGCACCCAGACUCCCCCUACACCAAAUCCGCAACGCGCCCGCAACUCGCCGGCGUAAUGACCUACUCACCCCUCAUCGCCCUGGACCCAGCAACCCGCCCCAUGGCCCUAACCGUCAUCCUGGGCCGACUAGUCGCCCGCAUCUUGCCGAAGUGGCAGCGCCAUUCCCCGCUGGACCCGAAACUGGUGUGUCGGGAUGAGACGGUCGUUGCGGACUAUGCUGCUGACGAGUUGUGCCAUGAUAUCGGGACGUUGGAGCAGUUGGCGGGUAUGUUGGAUCGGGGAUUGUGGUUGGAGAAGGUUGAGGUGGAGGAUUUGGGGGAUGGGAAGAAGCUUCUGCCUAUGUGGUUUGGACAUGGUGAUGCGGAUCGGAUUACUAGUUGGGAUGCGACGAAGAAGUUGGCGGGUGUUUUGGGGGUGAAAGGGGAGGAUGUUACGUUCCAGUCGUAUGAGGGUGCUUAUCAUCGGGCUCAUAUGGAUCCGGGGGAGAUUAGGGAGCGGUUUGUGAAGGAUGUGGCGGAUUGGGUGUUGAAGAGAGCUCCGGCUUCUGAGGCUGUUGCCGAAUGA